AUGUUUACGCUGUAUAUGAAAGAGACGGGUCCGUCAGAGGAAAAGUAUAAUAAAAAUAUAACAUUAGUAAGAAAGGAUUUGGCUGUCAGUAUACAGAAAACAAUAGUGGAAAAUCAAACAUUAUUACAGGACAGCAAUGACCUACUAUCGAUUGUUGAGCAGAACUUAGCGGUUUAUGAAGAAAACUUUAAAGAGUACCUCAAGCAUGUAAAUGGUAACAACAAGGCCUGGACAUUUUGGAACUCUAUGUUCUACGCUGGAACAAUUUAUACUACUAUAGGUAAUUAA